AUGAAUGCGCCCUCGUUCAUCGACAAGGUCCUGCUGAUGAUGAGGCCGUUCAUGAAGAAAGAGCUCAUGGACGUUCUGUGCGUGCACCCGGUCGGCUCGGGGAGCCUCGGCCGACACGUGCCCAUCGAGGCGCUACCGAGCGACGCCGGCGGCAGUUAUAGCAAGAUGGCGGAGUGUCAAGCUGCCGUUGCAGCCAAGAUGCGGAACAACCGAGAUUUCUUCGCACAUGAGAACAAAAAGCGCGUCGUGGAGUCACUCCGCCCGGGCAAACCUAAAACUAUAUCCGAUAUAUUCGGUUGUGUUGAAGGAUCCUUUAAGAAACUUGACAUUGAC